CUCUCUCAUCCUCUCUUCUAGUGUGUGUGUAUACUGUAUGUGUGUGUAUAAAAGGCUCUCUCUCCAUGCUUUCACUUCACUCUCAGCUCUCCAUUGGUUUGCAGAGAGGAUAGGCACAAGACUGAAAAGAGAGGAAGGGGAUACGACCAUAGGAGAUCCCUGUGUUACAGUCAGUGGGAGACAUUUCUCUGACCUUCUUUCACUUUCUCCCCCCUCUCCCCAAUGUGUUUUGGGGUUCCCUUCUUUCGUUCUUCUUCUUCUUCUUCUUCUUCUUCUUCUUCUUCUUCUUCUUAAGCGUCUACGCAUUGUUGGACCGUGGCAUCGAUGCAAAAUGGGUUGUGGCAAUUCCGCAGGCACCAACACGGCAGGAGGGGGGCCAGCAGACGUGUCAAAAGAUGUGACAGAAGAUCUCCCGGUAGACGAUGAGAAAAGAAGGAACUAUGGUGGCGUUUACGUAGGCAUACCAGCAGAAAUGGCCGAUGUGGCCGCCAGCCAGUCAAAGACCCCAUGAAAAGGAUCGUGCAUUUUCAUCCUCCCAGAGAAAGACUUACCUUACAAGCAGAGAGCAUGUAAGUGCUCCUGCUCAGACUCCUCACGCACUGAGUGUUCAGGCUUUAACACUGUCAUUAAGCGAAUAUGUGGACAGCUUUCCCGGUAUCUGAGUACGCUGCUUCAUGGGGUCAUGGGGGCCACAGCGACGCCGGGAUGAACAGUGAAAGUGUACAUACGCCAUCCAUCAUCACCCUUCAGUUUGUGAAUAAAAAGAUGUACAUUGAAAUGGACGAGCACCCACUCAACGGGAUUUGUGACAGCCGGCUUGGCUCCUCGGUCACAUCACUGGAACUUUCUCUUUCUUUCUCAGGAGGAGACGGGGGACUACACUCACUAACUGUCUGAGACACACACAUACCGAAAGCCCUCUGCAAUAAUAAUCACUUCUCAGUAACGUCUCUAGAAGCCAUCAAUGAUUCAUUCUGUGAACAGAGAGUACGAGACACAUUCCUGCUACUACGUCACAGAAAAUAAAUUGCAUUGAUUUCAAUCAGGGACCUGAGGCAACAGGAGUCUGGAAAACUGAUUUAGCUGAUUCUGAUUCUAAAUGCUUAAGUUAAAUUUAAAUGUAUUCACUCAAUGCCCCCUUAUGUUCUGGGUGCAUCAACAAGGUCGUACCUGUUGUCAUCACUUACUGUAGCUUCUUCCCCAGACUGAUUAUGUAACAUCGGCAUAUGACUCACUACCAUCUAUUCACUCUCACAUUCAUUUUUAUUAUGCUUUAUCAGCAUGAAUGUGAGGUGUACAAGCAUCAAGGAUCCUACUGUUCAAUAGUGGAAUGAGAAAAACAUGUUAUUAAGUUAUCCAAAAUAUAUAAAAAGUGUGUGUGUGUGUGUGUGUGUGUGUGUGUGUGUGUGUGUGUGUGUGUGUGUGUGUAACCAGGGUCAAACUCUCUCGCGUUCUCUCUCUUUCUGCAGUAUCUUCAUUUUUCCGCUGAAGAGCUCAGAUUCUUCACACAGCUCUUACAAUAUGUAUCAUAAGCAGAAUAGUUACACAGUUUCCUAUCAUCUCACAACAUAACGUAUGAUCCAGUGAGUAGGAGAAAAACAAGUUAUUAAAUUACGUUCAAAGGAAACGUCGAAGUCAUUUCUUCUUAAAGUUUAUCGACAUUGAUCUGUAAGUGAUUUAUUGCAAUCUAUUUUAUACGUCAUUCAUCACACAAUAUGUGAAUAUUAUUCGUCUGUGUAUAAUCCUUGAAGGACAAAGCUGGUACUGUGCUGUAUUUCUUUUUGUAUUGUCAUGAAAUCCAAUGAAAAGACUCAAACUAAUUAAUCUUGUGGCCUUCAGUAGUUGGUAGAGUAGUUUGGUUGUCAUGGAGAUAAGUAUGAAAUUGUGGUCACAUAAUAGCAGUUAGGUUUCAAUUGUCAUAUAUAAUAAUCAAACUGGUACUUCAAAAGCCGAGAAUUAACCUUCAAGCUCAACAAUGUAAGAGUCCAUCUCAUCACCAAGGUCUUUGUAUCCUACUGAAAAUGAAAAUGUCCUAAAACAUCUCACAAACACAAUUUCAUUUUUUACAUAGGCUCAGUUAUUUCCUAAAACCUGCACUAGUUUCUUAGUAAAUGUUACUUUAACAGCAGUGAAUAGUGCAUUUUGGUGGCUAUACCGGCUUCAAAAUAAAACAUAUUUGGGGAUUAUUUUCGGCAACAGUACAGUGUAUGUGGGACUGAAAAUAUUGCCAACGUUCAUCACAAUGAAGGAACAUGUCACCAUUCAAUACGCUGUGACUCAUUCUGUUUCCAAACAACAAUGGAGGACCGUGGUACGGAGGAAGAAGCUAUAUCAGGCUAAUGUUGUCUAUAUUUAGUAGGAUGAAUUCAAUGUUGUUGUAUUGGGGGGGGUAUAUGGGAUCAACAAUGAGACACUUAUAGAAUAUCGCCAGCACAGUGUCCACAUAAAACACAUUACAGCUGGGUGGGCAUUUGGAGCCAAGGUCAUUUGUCAACCGGGCUCUUGACAUCUCUCCUUUCUAAUGAAUGUACAACAUCCUCCACUCACCGUGACCAUAGAGAUUCAAGAGAUGUUCUCUCUGUGUUAUACAAAACGCUUUAAUUGCCUGUGCUCGGAGCCUCGACUGCCUGGACUAACAUACAAAAAUAGGGACUUAUUUCACCAUGCCAGAACACCAGCUUACUGUUUACUGUUCGUGUCAGUUUUUGUCAGAAUGACGCCCACUAGCUGCGGAUUUGUGUCGCCACAUAAUACCAAGGGAUUUUGUGUCGUGCAUUUUAAUUGUAAGCCUUUUUUUUUUGCUUGAAUUUUGCAGUGUUUUCACUGUUUACAUAGUGUAUGGUGAGACAUUAUAUACUGCAGAUACAAAGAGCUGCUUAAUGCACAGUGUAGUUCACAGCAUAUAAUAUAAAUAGCUACAGUAUGCCUACAACACCACAGCUAAAAGUUAAUGUAGAACCGGGCCAGAGAGUACAUUUUUGGUGUCCCUUUUCCUUUAUGUCUACAUUUCCUCUCUGCUGCUGCCUCAUUUUUCCUACCAGAGGCUUUUGGCUUUUAUAACAUGUCGUGCUGCCUGUCUCUGCCUCUUUUAUCAUCUUCUCUGUGCCCUUUAUGGUUGUUCCUCCUUUGUAUGAUGGAUUUAUUUGCCUUUGCCCUAUUCAAUAAAUCUUACAAGGACAAGAGGGCAGAAAGUGGAUGAAUAACAAAAUCACAAUGUUGGAUAGUUGUAAAAAGCUGUACAACACAGCAUGUCUUUUGAGGUUGGUCGUGACUCCCAAAAGUAACAUGUUUUAAAGGAA